UACCCCUUAGAAGAAAAAAAUUCAGUUAAUGACUUAGGUGCAGAUGAGUAGAAAUUAUUACUUCACUUAGAGUUCGACAGGCCAGUAAACUGAUCACAGAUUUCAUAUUCUACCAGCCCUCGUUUUGAUGGUCAGAGCAAAAAAAAAAAAAAAAACAGCAAAGGUGUAAAGAUAUGGCUGAGCUCAUAAAAUAUAUAUUAAAAUAUUUUCCAUUACCUUUACUACUUAACUACCUGCCUUGUGAGUACAUUUUCUGCAACCAUCAUUACUUCAAGGACAAUUUCACUUCUCGUCCUCCAUUGUUCAGAGAUAUGGCUUCCUCCUACUACUGGGACGAAAAAAUUGAAGCUCGUUGGCUGAAAAAACAGAUUGAGGAAAUCAUCAAAGCCCUCAACAUACAUCACAAGAACGUUAACAUCUCCCGAGUGACCGGAAGCUCUGUAGCCAUCGCCACUGGAGGGACUGCGGCUGGCCUGGCCAUAGCCGCCCCCUUCACCCUGGGAGUCACCUUGAUUGCAGCCAUUGUGCUGGGGAUAGUGUCAGGUGUCAGUGGCGCUGUGUCUGUCGGCGCUUCUGUGACAGGACACUUCAUCAAGAAGCACAAUGUCAAGGAGGUCCAGAAGAAAUGGGAGAAAUUUCGUCUGAAGUUCCUGGAAAGGCACAACGUGAAAGAUAUAACAGAUAUGAAUGCAAGAGAAAGUGGGGAUGCCGUGGAAGGGGUUGGUGCUGUUGGCGGUGUGGCACGUACAGCAGGGGGCGUCACAAGCGCGAUUGUAAGGGGAGUUAAAGCAGCGGGGACAGCUGCCAAAGUUGCCUCCCCUAUUUUGACUGCUGUAAGCUUUGUAGCUCUGCCAUUGGAUUUCAUUGAUUUAAUAUCAGCUGCCCACAGUCUAGACAAAGCCAAACCAUCGCCAGCAUCGAAAUCCCUUCAGGAUAUCGUAGGUUUCCUUGACAGAGUGAUCAAUGGCGAGUUUGAUGACUGAAAGUGCUCUCACUCCCGACACAAGUACGGCGCGCAG